CCCCCUCUCCCUCCCUCCACGAACUCCGCACUAACCCUAAAUUCUCCUCUCCGUCUUUCUCACUCCUUUCCCGCGUAGUCUGUUCCCUUCUCUCCUCCCCACACGUCACAAUGGUGAAGUACGCGAGGGAACCCGCCAACGCUACAAAGUCAUGCAAGGCGCGAGGUUCAUACUUCCGCGUCCACUUUAAGAACACGCGCGAGACAGCGCAGGCCAUCAAGCACAUGGACCUCACCAAGGCCAAGCGCUUCCUGGAGGACGUCAUCGCGCACAAGCAGGCCGUGCCCUUCCGCCGCUUCUGCGGGGGUGUCGGCCGCACCGCGCAGGUGAAGCUGGUGCACACCAACGGCCAAGGCCGGUGGCCCGCCAAGUCGGCGCGGUUCCUGCUGGACCUGCUCAAGAACGCCGAGAGCAACGCCGAGGUGAAGGGUCUCGACGUGGACUCGCUUCACGUCAGCCACAUCCAGGUCAACCGCGCGCCCAAGCAGCGCCGCCGCACGUACCGCGCGCACGGUCGCAUCAACCCCUACAUGUCGUCGCCGUCCCACAUCGAGCUGAUUCUGUCAGAGAAGGAGGCGGAGGUCAGGAAAGAGGCGGAGGAGGGUAGCCGCAAGACCAAGAAGCAGAGCAGGCUUGCCAACUGAAGGCUUGACUAGAUGUGGCCAGCAUCUGCUAUAGAGUGCCCAAAUUGCAUUGAUCGUGAAAGCUUGCUUAGGUCCUCUUGUAAAGGCAGUGUGCUUCAUUUCAUCUGGGCAACAUACAUAGUCCUCGUCCAACAAAGAACUACACACAAGAGGGUGGGUGGGCGGGGAAAUUGAACUAGAGAAAUUAGAAAUGAAGAACGUGGGUUAGGCCGAAUGGCCUCACGUCCCUCUUUUGUAGGCAAAAGAGGGUGAGUAGCGCUUCGACGCUACCUUUGCUGCGUUGGCCCUCGCUAUACUCUCACAAUAUUAUAAUUUUUAA